AGCCGUGAGUGACAGGACACAUCAGACAGCUGCUGGAUUAUUUCCAUGGCAAUAUCUCAUCCUGGGAAGGCGUGUCACACUCCCAAUCCCAAUUACUGAGCUAUCCUUUGUCCUCGGUUCGCUUAGCCAGCCAGCGAGACUCAUGGCGGCUGCACCCGUCAAGCAGCGUUCAGGGCCGGGGGGACCACGGGCGCAGCUCCCGCCCUGCUACUACGAAGGAUACCUGGAGAAACGAGGACCAAAAGAAAAGGUGUCUCGGAGGCUGUGGACAUGUCUGUGUGGAAACACUCUGUUUUUCUUCAAUAAUGCCAAGGACACCCACUAUGUGGAGAAGCUGGACCUCGGUGGGUUUGUCUCGCUGAAGGACGACUGUAGCCGAGAUAGAAACCUGGAGGCGGCACGACUCAUUCUACGCAUGAGAGAUGGAGAAACUAAGCUGACAGCUCCCAACCUGGAGUCUCGGGAGCUGUGGAAGGGCUUCCUCUACUCAGUAGUAGAUCUGAAUGUUCCGGGUUGUCUGACGUUGCUGCCGGGUCAGGUGCAGAUGCUGAGAGAGGUGGUGGACAAAGAGAGGAGCAGACGGAGAGCAACCCGCACCCCCACCCGCGCCCCACCUUCACCCCUCUCCCUCCCCCUGCUAGGGGAGAUACCUCCGUGCUUCAGACCUGUGUCUCGUACAGAAGCUGAGGUCAUGUUAGAGAGACAUCCAGACUGUGGAAACAUGUUGCUCCGGCCUGGAAGAGACGGAUCCUCAUUGGCUGUCACAACCCGCCAGGAUCUCAACGGGUCAGUAUUCAGACACUAUCGUGUAACUCAGAGGGAACAAGGAGGAUAUGUAAUAGACGUGGAGAACCCAAUCCCUUGUGCAACCCUUCAUGAUGUCAUAGAUGCUCUAGUGGAGAAGACUGCGGGGACACUUCAGCCUUUUCUACUGGAGGAACCCUAUGAGGAGAAUAUCACAUACGUUUCCGCUAACGAUGAGAAUGGAGAGAGGAUUCUCCACUGUGCCCCAUCCAGCCCCUUGCCUAAAGCCCCUGCCCUGCCUCCUAAACAAGGCGUUCCAGAGCGGUGGCCAAGCAAACCUCUGCCCAGGUCACCAGCUCCUGACCGCCGUAUCCUGUCCGUGACGUCACCAGUGCCAUCCUCGCCCACGAACCCCAUGAGACGCCUCAUCCUCUCCCCCUCUCCCCUCGCGCACACGCUCAACGAGGAGCUCAAACUGAAGCUGGAGAAGAGACGGACCAGUCAGGAGUGACCUCCUCAGGUGUGAAUGACGAGUCAACGAGAAAAAACCCCACCCACAAAACACCUAACCCCUCAGUGCCAAACCACCAGUGACAGCAGCUAGCUCUCUUGUGCCUUCUGAUAGGUGGACUACAAAACCUGGUUCUAAAGACCUGCAGGAAGUUCAAGGCAGUGAUUGGCGGAAUGUUGUGUGUGUGUCAAUGGUUAAAAGUCUGCAAGUCUGCACAACCUGUAGUCUUCUAGGACCUGGUUUGGUUGGUUAACACUGGACUACUGUCAACUUUAGAAGUGCCGCACACAUUACUUGGGUAAAUGAACCCCUGCCAUCUGGGCUGUGUUCAUAAAUGAACUGUCCUCCAAAAGGAAUGCACAGUUAGGAAAUGUAUUUAAAGGAGACCCUUUUCAAUUGUGUUUGCCUAAUGUGGUGAUGGAUAUUGACACCUGAAAGUACACUGGAAUCACACAAAACAUAGAGGACCAAUUAAUGAGCCUGUUGUUACUCUUGUUCUGAUUCAGCCAAUGUCUGUUUGCCUGCUGAUGAUGUCAAUGUAUCAUUACCACCUUGCAAAAUGCAUCAGUAUUUUAGGUCCAGUCCAGAACUGAUAGCAUUGUUUCAGCUAAGUCUACAUGACCCUCCUUAAAUAAGAAUGAGUGAUAAUGCCAAAAUUGUCUGUUAACACUGUGGUGUGUGGACAUUGUCAGUUUGUGUGCAGUUUCGAAGGAAAACAAUAUCCCUGUAUCUUUUGAUCUCUGAAUCCAGAAUGUAUAAUUUGUGUUGCGUUGGUUCUAUGAUGGUACGGUGCUAUGACUCUGUCCUUGACUUGUUUCUGAUGUUUGUAUUGUUGGUGCUAAAAUUCAAGUGAUUCCUUAUUCUCUACCUAUCUAUGUGCUACUACUGUGUGGUGCUCAACUGUCCCAGUGCUAGAAUAACCUUGUUGUCUUAGGAGGGAGCUGUCAAAUGGGCCCUGAAAGGUGAUGUGUUGUUGUUACUGUUAGCGACAAAACAAAUCUGGAAAAUUGUGACAGAUUUUACUAGUUGUCUCUGUGACAUUCAUACCCAGAUGGAGUUUUGUAUGAGGGUGCCCUCUUGUGGAAAUGGUUUAAUUAGACUGACUGACCACUAAAGCCUGGGCAUAAAGUUAUUUAGUCCCAUUCAAGGUUGGCCUGUGGUCUACUACAGCUCAUUGCUAUUAAUCCCUGGAGGCCUUUUUUAUUGAUCUGCAUGACAUCAAAAUGUGGUCAAAUGUGAGGCCUAUGAUACAGACCUCAGUUUGGUAAAUUUACACUGAGCGUGGGUGCAAUGGAGUGAUAACACUUGGGUUCUGACUGGGAUUGAGCAUGCAAGGGUUAAUCUCUAUACAUUAUGUUCCUGUGCAUUUCUAUACCCAAGUCCAAGGUUACAAUUAUUGAUAAUCUCAGUGUUAUUGACGUUUACCUUAGUGAAUUAAACGGAUUUUGCAUGAAUGAUGCUCAAAACAUGUGUAGCAUAUUCAUUUCCUGACGUUUUACUUUAGAACUGCAAUACGUU